UGUAACCGGUUUAUUCUUUGUUAUGAUAUGCUAAUUAAAAAAAAAUCUGAGUCUGAAGGAACUUAAAAAGAAAUUAUGGAUUCCGGGGAAAUUCUUGCAAUGGAUGCUACUUAUGUGAUAUUAUUUCUUAUACCCAUUUUCCUUUUACUCCUCUUUAUAACCCUUUGGUUUUUAGCUUGGCAUUCCGGACUAUUUUUACCUAUUGAUAUUAAAACUUGUAAAUCACCAUUCAGCGAGUUGGAAAUAGCAUACAAAUUUGUACGAGGAUCUCACAAAGAUAGCAGCCUUGUUUAUGCAGAAGCUCAUUCAUUAGCUCCUCAGCUUCGAUGCAUUGGAGUUUAUUACGAUAAUCCAAAAGAAGUCGGUGAUGAUAUAAGAAGAUCUGUUGUUGGUGUUGUAUUGAAUGAUGAAGGGAAGGAAGUUCCUGAAGAAGAGAGACAAAGAAUGUCUGCCAAAGGCUUCCAAAUCACAAAAUUCCCUGCAGUGGAAUAUGUGGUUUACACUGAAUUUCCGCACUACAGUUUUCUGUCUGUUUUAAUUGCUAUAAACAAAGUUGUCCCUAAAUUUUAUGAAUAUCUUGAGGAAAAAAAGCUUCAAGCGUAUCCCUUAAUUGAAAUGUGUGAUGGUGAGAAAAUUGUGUACAUUUCUCCAUUAUCCAAGCAAAGUGAAUUCUUUGUUUAUGAAGCUUUAGCUGAGAGUGAAGAGGAAAUAACAUCUGAGAAAACAGCAGAUGAUGAGGAAACUUCUGCCAAAGAUCUGGAAGAGUUGCCAGAUACUAUAAGCUCAAUCGACUCACUCAUAGAAGGUGGUGGCUCAAAAGUUGAAGAGUUACCAUCAAAUGAGGAAGUUCUUGACAGUCUAGAAGAAAAGAACAAAACUAAUAGCAAUGGCUCAGAUGCUAGCACAGAAUCAUUUGAAGAACUUCAACUUGAUUCUUGAAUUUAUUUUCUCUCUUGCCCCCCAUGUAUUUUGUGAAUAUUUGUGCUUUCCAACAACUUUUGCUAGGCAUUUGAUAGUUUAUUGCUGAAGAACUUCCUCUAUUUGAAUGUAUUUGCACAAUACUUAAUAUAUGUAUAACUUUAUUAUAUUAUGGAUCUAGAUUUCACACACAUUGCUAGUUAUAAAUAUUCUGUUUUGUAUUAAGACCAAAAAUUUGAAAAUAUAUCAAAAUUGAUAUAUUUUGCAUGCUUUAUUCUGUAUUGUAAUUCAGUCUUCCUUUGUGGUUAUUUUAUUUGCUGUAUAUAUGUAUGCAUAAAUUAACCAAGAGUUAUUUUUGUCAAUUUUAUUUUUAGCUUACUGUAAAGCAGCCUGAUUAAUUGUGCUGGCGUUUGAUGCAGGAACUUUUAUAAAAUUGAAAUGGAGAAUUAAGAUUUCCAUUAAAUUCCUACGUAAAAUGUUAAAAUUUAUAAAGUUAAUUAAAAUAUUAGUUAUUAGUACCAGUAAGAUUUUAAAUAGAUUUUUCCUUUUAAUUUGUGUAAAUAAUAUAUUAAAAUAUUUAAUUUAUAUUGGAAUUUCAAUGUCAAAUUUUGUUUUAAAUAUUCUGUUGAACAUUUAGAAUGAGGUUUAAUCUAGAAUUUUCUACUGAUGACUUAUUUUUGAGGAUUAUGCAAAGCAUAGUUUCACAAUAUGUUUUUAUUGUUAGACUGUAUUUCAUACAUUUGGUACUUUUCAUCAUAUGUUUUGAAAUCUUAUUUGAGAUCGUAAAAUUUAUUCAAAGCCCAUUUUUGAGCAUGGGAAUUUAUGUAAGUUCAGUAAAUUAUCUUAUGUAUACUAACAGAUAAAUAGCUGAAUUUUAAGAUAAAUAAAUAAAUGUGCGGAAUUUUUGUAAGCAAAUUUAAAGAAUGUGUUUUACUAACUUAAAUAACAGAUUUUUUAUUUUAUUUCCAGCAUUAUACUGUAACUGUUUGAUAAAACCAUAAAAUAAUGUUCUUGGUGUAAUUUUAAUGACUUAUUACAAAAAAGCAGUUCAAAUCUCGAUAAUCCUAUCACAAAACAUGCUAAAUAAUAUAUAACAUAAAUUUAUCAUAAAUCACAAAUACUACUUUUACUAACAUUUUUUGAAAAUUAUUUGAAUCCUAGAAAAAAGAAUAAUAAGUUUUUUUUGGUUUGAAAACUCAGAUGAAGAUUUUAGAUAAUUCAUAAUUGUUUUUUUUUUUUACCAUAAAAAAUAAAUGUAAUUUUUGCAACGUUUAUGUAGUUGUAUAUUAAAAAAAUUUAAAUUAUUCAGUUAAGCUAUUGAUUUUGUGCUUUGUUAUUGUAAUCAUUAUAAGUAAAUUUUUUUUAUUUAAAUAAAUUACGCUUUUAUGCAUUCAUAUAUUUUUAGACAAAGGAAGGUGCUAAGCCCUAAUUUAGUUAACUUUUUUUCUUUUUACAGUCGCUCAUCUUAGCUUUAAUCUUCUGAAAACAAUCAUCCUAUUGUUAUAAUCAUUAUACAUUGAUAUAGUUAAUUUAUGGCAAUGUUAAGCAUAUUUUGCUUGAUCUUAAUGUUAAGCUGAUCUCAUUUUUUCAUUUUAGUGUAUUUAUUAACAAUAUAUUUUUAUGGCUUUUAAUUAUUUUCUUUUUUUGUAUGAUAAUAUAUCAGGGAUAUCAACUAUCAAGAGGUUGGGUAUAUAGAAAUAUUUUGAAAAUUUAUGAAAAAUCUUAAUUUUUUUGUUUAUAAUUACUUUAAUGUUUAUAAUUUUUUGGUACUAUUUUUUAUGUUUCAGAAUGUUUUUUUUUUUCACUUCCUAAUUUGGAAUCAAAUCCUUAUUUUUCCACAGGAGAACAAAUUUAUUUCUCUAUUUUAAUUAAGUUGGAAACUAUUUUUUUUUGUUAAUACUUUUAUAAAAUCUUCCUUAAAGUUUUUUCAUUUUGUUUAAAUUGCUUUUAAAAUUUCUAAUGUCACUAACUGCAUUACUUCAAAAAACAGCAAAGUGAACAGAAAACAUGAACUACAUGAUAGUGAAAAAGCACACUAAAUGUUGACAUCUCAGAUAAAUUAAGUUGAGUUAUGUUUAAAUUGGUUUGCAUAUUUUGGUAAUUGCCAUUUUUAAUAUUUAUAGUUUAUUAGUUCAAUAUUCAUAAAAUAUUUUACAUGUGUUCAUGUAACUGCUCUUGUAGGUUUGCAUUGUUUAUGCAAACUAGGAUUAAAUGAACCUGGGGCAAUGAUCCUCUUUUUUGCAUCAGAUUUUAUUUGCAACACCAUCAUUUUAAUUUUUUAACUUGAGUAUGGAAUAUAGCUGAUAAAUGUUUCUUUUGCUAUUAAAACUACAAUAAUUUAUCAUGUAUACCAGGGCGUGAAAUUUCCAAUCACCAUUGGCGACUGAAUAUUACAGCUAGGAUUAAAUGAUCCUGGGGCAAUGAUCCUCUUUUUGCAUCAAAUGAUGAUCCUCUUUUUUGCAUCAAAUGAUGAUCCUCUUUUUUGCAUCAGAUUUUAUUUACAACACCAUCAUUUUAAUUUUUUAACUUGAGUAUGGAGUAUAUCUGAAAAAUGUGUCUUCUGCUAUUAAAACUCUACAAUAAUUUAUCAUGUAUAUCAGUGCGUGAAAUUUCCAAUCACCAUUGGCAACUGAAUAUUUAGAGCUGGCAUGUAAGUUCUGUCUUUUAAAAAAUAUUUCUUAUUAAAGUAACAUAAUUUUUUCAGAGUUAAUGUUUAUAUGCUAUAAAUUGGUGCAAAUUUGGAAAAACUUUGAUAUUGCAGGAUUUGAAAUUCCUUAAAAUAAUUUACUCAGAAUUUCUGAAAAUGCCCCUUAACAGAGUUUGAUCUUAAAACUGCGAUUCGACACUUAAAUAGUAUUUUGCCGAAGGGCAGUGGUAUAUAAAGAUGAAAUGUUAGGAGGAUACUAUACUGUGAAAGAAAUCUUUUAUAUCAAAUUCUGUUUAUCUUUACAUUAGUAAUUCAAAAUCUUUAUAAAAGUAUAGAUAAGUGAGUUCGUGCAAACCGAAAAUAAACUGAACCAUGCAAACCGAAAUAAUAAUUUUAAUGUCUUUUUUUCUUCAAAAUAUCAAAAUGGAUUAUGCAAUAGGGAAGUAAUCAUUCCGUAAUUUUUUUGCAUUUUGAUAUUUUGAAGAAAAAAAAUUAAAACUUCAUGGUUGGUUUACAUGAACUAACUCACUUUUUUUAUUUAAUAUUUUAAAUUGCUAAACAGAAUUUUACACAAAAAUUUCAUGAUAUAUCUUGAUAUUGGAACCAUUAAAACUUUAUGCCAACCUUAUUUUAAUUAAAAAUUAUAUAAUUUAAAUAAAAAUUCACUGCAUGAAAUAUGUUUUGACUUUUGUACAUUUUUCUGGGUUUAGUCACUAAAAUGUUCUUCAUACUAAAUUGUGUUAACAUUUUAAAAAUAGCUCAUAUUGUUUAUGAAAAAGUGGCAGGCAAGUACCUGUAAAACUGAAAUUACAUGCCUUGUAAUAUAUGGUUAAAAUGCCUUCAAUUUCUGUUAUAUGGACUAUUUGCCAAUAUUUUUACAAAAAUGUAAUUUUUGCUAAGUAUGUGUAUUGUUUUAAUUGUUCUCUUUGAUGGUUAUUGUAGAUCCAUGAGUAAAACUGUUUGCAUAAUCAUAUUUGCAUUUAUGAGUUAGUCUUUAUUAUUUUCAGUUCUCAAUAUUUUUGAAAUGAUUUAAUUUGCAUUUUUGCUUAUUCUGUGAACGAUAAUAUUUCCUUAGUUUUUGUAUCACUGUUUUAAAUUGUGUCAUAGUUAAUUUGCAUUGUGCAAAAUAGCAAUUUCUACUUGGAAGGCUUCAUUCCAUUUACAUUUUUUUUUUUUUGUAAGAAUUGCAACUCCUUUUUAUAGGCCUAUUUUUAAUUUUUUUUUUUUUACUUUUUUAAAAUUAUCAGUUUAAUUUUUCCGAUUUCUUAAUAUAAUUUUUGUUAAUCAUAAAAAUUGUGAUGACUCUUUGUUAAGUCAUAGUUGAUAUUGGUACGUGCAAGCUAUAUGUGGUAUAUUAAAUGUACACUAUUUCAUCAAUAAAAUUAUACCAGUAUA